CGGCGUGCGGCCGCCAUGUCGCCGCGGAACGGGCGGCGCACCGGGGCGCACCGCGCGCACUCGCUCGCCCGGCAGCUCAAGACCAAGCGGCGCCGGCGCGACCUGGACGAGAUCCACGCGGACCUGAAGCCCGAGAACGCCGCGCGACUGCUGCGGCAGGAGAUCGACCCCGACCUGCCCGGCUGCGCGCAGUUCUACUGCCUGCACUGCGCGCGUUACUUCGUGGACCUGAACAGCAUGAAGGAGCACUUCAGAUCCAAGGUGCACAAGAAGAGGCUGAAGCAGCUGCGAGAGGCUCCGUACACGCAGGAGGAGGCUGAGCGUGCUGCUGGGAUGGGCUCCUACGUCCCCCCAAAGAAGGUGGAGGUGCAGACCCAGCCCCUGGAGGAGGUCACCGAGAUGGAGACGUCGGGCUGAGCACAGACGCCUUUGUCCUCAGCUUUGUGACAAAAACGUGUCCCAGCUCUGCCAGCCAAAUCCACCCUGCUCCUCCCACAGCCCCCCUGGCCAGGGCACUGAUGAGGAGCAGGAGCCAGCAGGAGCCUGGGUGCCCUCCCCGAGCGUCCUCCUUCUCCAGGAAGGGACACAUUCAUUCCUUGUUCUCUGAGUGCUGCUGGGACUGCACGCUUGUCUGCCUGCUUUUGGAGCAGGUUCUGCUCUGUCCAUGGCUCAGAGGUUAUUCCAGUGAUGCACCCAUUAAAAUUUGUCAACUGACA